GUUCGGACAGAGUGAACAGGUGUGAUCUAAGUCUCUGCCACCAAACCUAGAAGGCGCUGACAAGUACCGUUUUGUACUGGAGAGAAGCCUGAUGAUCGGAAUCUGCCCCGAAGGUCUUGGAGGCGUGGUCAUCUGAAUCUUCGGACAGCCACUACGUCACAGCCUAUUGAACACCCGGCAAAGACGUCAGAAGAGGAGCGGCAUUGAGAAGGGACGGACGUCAGAAUUUAGAAGAGAUUGAAGCCGUCCAGAAGGAGUAAAGCGAUGUGGUGACUAAAAGAUUUGCCAUAACGUGAAAUCCGUCCAUACUUAGUACAUCCGUCCAAACCUUCGCUUCAAGACAUUGAAAGCAAGCCAUACGUCUGAUUGAGCCGCUGAAGAAUUGGUCUGAUUUUUAUCUACGAGUGCGGAUUAGAGACAAAUGCCACAAUGACCGGUAGCGAUGUUUUCGUGUCCGAACAAAAACAGCCGACAGUCAGCGACCCAACAACUGACGGUUCGGUGAUCACAGAUAGCACGGAGGAUAGCUUCAGCAAAGGGCGAAAGAAGUGGCGAGUGCAGAGGAGAUACGGCAGGAGAAUAGUUCGUAAUGCUGCGCCCAAAGAGAGCCAACUAGAUGACGACACCGAUGAGAACAACAAAGUACCAGAAGUGGCACCUUCGUCUCGAGAUGUGAGUCGCGCCAUCUUGGAGAACAACCCCUCGCAUGACCGGCGCCUGCAGCAAUACAUCCGCGGUCUGGAGAGAGGGAGGAGGAAGGUAGAAGUAGACAUUUUCCUCCACCAGAGGCAGUUCCUGCUCAAACAGCUCUUCAAUAAGGACUUGGAGAUCAAAUACAAGAGGAGAGCGUACCACGGAGUGGAGAGUGACGGGGAGGGAACGGAAGACACGGACGCCUCCCCUGGAAAGUUGUCCGAGCUGCCGCAGCUGCAGCGGCCACAAACGCCGGUGAAUGGUCACAGAGUCCCGGCGUGUCAUCAACGACGACUCAGAUACUCACACGCGCAAGAAGGGAAUAAGACAGAACCCUCCAAACCACCAGCGACUGAAACGAGACCGCUGACACAAGAAGCCUUGGCAGAACAUACGCUCGCGCAGAGACUAGUCGAAGAAGGCAGCGUCCAUCAUUUUCCGGUACUCUCACACCACGACAAGGCGAGACAAGAAACCACAGAAGAUUCCGCCCGAGAUAGCUUUGUUCAGAAAUACUGUUCCGAGGAAGAAGAGGUUAACCAGAAUGCUCUCACAGAACAGAAACUACAGUCAGAGGAACGGUACGUGGAGCUCGACGAUUCCGACCCAAGUACCUUUUUGAUUAAGAAGCUGCUAUGCUGUAACGUUGAAGACAACGCUGCUCCUCGAGAAAAUGACGUUGAACUUGAAACGAUCCUUAGCAGCUCGUACGAUCAAACCGAGCAACAGAGCAUGGAAGUGAAAGGGACCGCAUUAGCUGGAGAAAGAAGGACCACAGAGACUCCACAAAGAAGAACAUUCUCCAGAAGGAAGUCGUCUUUAACUGAUGGUGCGAGUUCUGGGGACAAUGCUCCACCCUAUGGCACUCUUGGAGGAUGCCGAAUGCCCAGGAUCGUGAGGAAAGAGGAGCGGGCCGCAGCAGUUGAGCCGUCGGAGUCGGCAGCGAGCCCGCCCGAGCGCCUUCCUCACCUACGUCGGUCUGCUUUCCUCAGCCAGAAAAGUUUCUCGUCGCCCUCUUUGCUGAGAUCUCAACAAUCGCAUCCCAUAUUACUUGAAGAACGUCGCGGGUUCGGAUCCCACCCAGUGAUCGCUCAAGCAGACGCCGAGCCUCAGUCGGUCCUGCCGAGAAGCAAGGAGCAGAUCAUCGAGAAACUCGCCCUGUCCCUUCCCGUUCACCUGCUGACAAAAGCAAUGGAAGACAAAGACCAAAGGAUUCUGACCCUGUCUUGGAAGGACACCCAUGAUAAACAGAAGCGACUUCUGGCGAAGACCAAGAAAACCCUCUACGAGAACCACCUCCGCGACCCGAGAUUCGUCAAGUUGCAGGAGAGCCUAUGCACCAUCGAGACGCCUCCUGGCGAGUAGAAAUGGCUCUGCAGCUUGCGAAAAUGCUCAUGACCUACUGUCUGGUUUUGUAGUAUACGUUAAUGUAUUGACAUCCAUAGAAUACUUAAAUCGCAGUCUCAAAUUUAGCUUUAAAUGACGUAUUAGGACGCAAGACUCCGCAAGAACAACAUAGUGUUCUCUUUGUGAUGAUAAUUGAAAUAUAGAUACGAAUUGUUAACUAGUUAAUGUGUUCACCGUCCACUAUAUAUAUAACCAAGGACAUUCAUAUAACGUCCUUGAUAUAACGUUAGCACACACUUCACAAAUUUUUAGUUUGUCGAUAAUCAACCCGUCCAUGCUAGCGAAAACACCGUCCAGCGGUUAAUAACGAAACAAAGCUGACCAUGUAAAUAAGUGUGAUUUUUCUGUAGAUGAUUAUCAAAUGUGCAUAUGAUUAUUUACCUGCUGUAUAUAUCAAUACUUUCUGUGCUGUACUGUUUCUUGAAGUUAUCUUUGUAAAAAGAAUGAUCUAAGCUUCUUGUCUUGGGAAGACAUGUAGAAAAAAUCUGUGUGCUGUGAUUUCAAAGUCUAUACUUAUAUUUAUUUAUUUCAUUUGAACCUUUAUGACGAUAACGCAGAGAGACGUAACUGUUCAUCAAGGCAUUGUUUUCUCCUCAGACUUGUUGUGUUGCAAAUCAAUGUGCUAUUAUUCUAACUUGUGUGCUAUAAGUUGUAUUCCAACGGCUUUUCUGUGUGCAAUUCAAAAGAAAUAAUUAAGCUUGGUAUGAAGUGUGAAUAAACGUUUUAUGACAGAUGAAACAUG